CGCCGUGGUGAGUUUGUCGGCAAGAAGAAAACACAGGAAAAAUGAAUGAUUUCUGUGGUUUUCGCAGGAAAAGCAUUGAUUUCUCGUAAAGUGUCGAGUGAUUAGUGAAGUGCAGGUGAAAAUUGAAUGUCACGAGAAUGGAAGUGAAGGAAGAGAAGGACGAUUUUCACCUAGAUUACAGCAUUGUCAAGGAAGAGUAUGUCUUCCCGGAGGACGAAUCCUCAGUCAAAGAUGAGGAAGAAGGGCAUCAGCAGAACUCACAAAAGCACAUCUUUCCUUGCACAAUUUGCGGAAAACUCCUGAAGACUCAACAAUCCCUGAAAGGCCACAUCGCCAGGCAUGGCACAGACACCAAGUUUGAAUGCGAACAAUGCGGAAGAGCCUUCAACGACAAGCACGACAUGAGGCGUCACAUCCAGAGAAUUCAUUCCCAGCUUCCAGGGAAGCGCUUCUCUUGUCAGCACUGCGAGAAAGUCUUCUACAACAGGACUCUCUUCGAGCGACACGUGUCCGUGCACAGCCAAACGAAGGACAUUGAGUGUUCGCUGUGUGCGAAGAAGUUCAAGCAUGAGCGGAAUCUGAGGGAGCAUCUGCACGUGCACAGACAGGACAAGCCCUUCGUCUGUGGCGUGUGUGGCAAAGGAUUCAAGAAGAAGUCCGCUCUCACUCAGCACGGCAUCACGCAUUUGGGGCGGAAUGUCAACUGUUUCUACUGCAAGGCGCCGAUGAGGAGCCAAGAGGGCUUGAGGAAACACAUCACAGUUCUGCACAGGGGACUUCCGGUGGAUCCUGAUGAUCCUCCAGUGUGCACAAUCUGCAAAGAGGCUUUCCAGACACUGGAGGCGCUGAAGGAUCACACCAGGAAGCAUCCCAGUGAGGAGAUGAGCAGAUGUGAGAUGUGUGAGAAGGAAUUCCUCGACGAGAAGGCUGUUCAGAGACACAUUCACACGUAUCACGAGAAACAGUCGAACAAGAAAGCAUUCUCCUGUUCACACUGUGAUAAAUCCUUCCCCAGGAAUUACAAUUUGCUCAGACACCUGGAGAUUCACAAGAAGGACAGACCCUUGUUGUCGUGCAAAGUCUGCGGGGCGAAACAUGUUCAAGCAUACAGUCUAAAGAGGCAUGAAUUGAUGCAUGAAAUUGAGGGAAAAGCAAUCAAAACGGAAGAUCUUAACAUAAGAGAUUGAAGAGCUUUUCAGUGGUGAAUUCUUGUGACGUGUGAAAAUAAAAGUCUGAAACAGCAUCUGUGUGUUUAUUCCAUGGCGGAGGAAAGCAAGGGGCGCUAUCCCUG